AUGGCGGAAGAAUGCGAUGAUAACAUUUUACUUCUAGCGCUGGAAAAACUUUCUGCUGUUCCUCCAUUGUGGCCUAAUAAUGCAUCGAAUUUUAAAAUAAAAGGAUACGAAAUAGAGUGUGUGGUUAAAGCAAUUUCAAGUUUUGAAGCUGCUACGAAAUUUUUGUCUUUUUGUCUUCAUGAAAUUCAUGGCUUUGCCGAACACGAACCGACUUCGAAGAACAUUGAAAUAUCGGACGAAGCAAAUGAUUGUUAUGUGUAUAGUAUUAGGAUCUUGAACAAUAAACCUCUUGUUGAACUGAAUUAUGUACUCAAGAAUACACCUUUACAUUCGGAAAGAACCACAUCCAACGACCAAAGUUCAAAAGAUUUUGAGGAGUCAAAUUUAUCUCAGGAUAUCAAUAUUGAAAGGGGAAAGCUCGUAGACAAUACAUUGAGACAGUAUUUUGGUUUUACGUCCUUUCGGCCACUGCAGAGAGAGACAAUAAUAACAACAAUGAAUGGGAAAGAUGCUAUGACAGUCGUGGGAACUGGUGGUGGAAAGACUUUGAUGUAUCUUUUACCUGCUGUAAUUUCUGCCAAGACAACUUUGGUAGUUUCUCCCAUAUUAUCCUUGAUAGAUGAUAUUCUUGCUAGAUGUUAUAAUCUCAGCAUACCAGCUUGUAAAUUUACUGGAGAUGUUCCAAAGGAAGUACAAACUACCCAACAGUUGAAUAUUAAACAGUAUAAGAUUGUUGUUGGAACACCUGAAAUGCUCAAGGAUGAAGAAUUUAACAGUACUGUCAUGUCCAUGAUUGAGAAGAAUGAAUUAGAAAGGAUUGUGUUUGAUGAAGCACAUACCAUUAUUAGCUGGGGGAAUCUGUUUUUGAAAGUUCAAGAACGUACAAGCAAGUUUAACAAUGACUUGAAAAGCUUCAUUUUGGAGAGAAAGGAUGAUAGUGGAAUAAUAUACUGUGUUUUACCAAAGGAUGUUUCAUUGAUUCAUGCUGGUCUUUCAAAAAAUGGGAUUGACUGUGUUAAGUAUCAUGGAAAAUUAUCUGAAGAAGUGAAAUCAAAUAGUUACUCUAAAUGGGUAAAAGGAGAGUGCAAAGUUAUUGUUGCCAAUUCUUCAUUUGGGAUGGGCAUCGACAAAAAGGAUGUGCGAUACGUGAUUCAUGACAGAAUACCCACAAGUAUUGACAAAUAUUAUCAGCAAUGUGGCCGUGCAGGGCAUGAUGGUUUGCCUGCAACAUGUCUGUUAUUUUAUAAAUAUGGAGACAAGAAUAUGCUUAUGAAAAUGUUUCAAAUGCAAAGUGAACUGAACCAGCAGAUUGCAUCUGUUAACGAACUGAUACAUUUUCUUGAAGAUCCUGUACAAUGUCGUCAUAGAAGGCUUAUGCUAUUUUUUGGGGAGGAAAUAACUAGUUUCAUUUGUAGAACUAGUUGUGACAACUGUUGUACAAGGGGGAGCUUCUACAUAACUGAUGGUACAUCAGAUGCACUGAAGGUGCUUCAAGCAGUUGUGGAACUAACUGAAAGGGUUUUUACAUGCGACACCCUGAAACUUUUCCUCUUAGGAAGUCGACAGAAAUCUAUCCUGGAGCAAGAUCUGGAUAGUUUGGUUAAUUUUGGUAGUCUCGAGAAAAGGUUUGUGCCAACUGUGCUACUUGAUAAGUUUUUACAUUCACUAAUUAACAGUGGUAUUCUGGCAGAAAAUAGUCGAAAGAAGGGUAAAAGUUUAUAUGCUCAGCUAGUUCUUGGACCGAAAGCACAUGAUCUGAUGGCCCUCAGGUUAAGUGUUUCUCGUUAUGACACCUAA